AUGACUUCAUUUGGGGCAACAAAUGUAGUUCGGGAAAAUUUUAUGCCAACUUUCAAGAUACAAGGGCAAAUAUAUCAUAGAGCAGGUUCACUGUUACCAGUGUCAGAUAGCGACAACAAAUUCCUGCAAAUUUAUUUUAUGGGCAAUUCACCACAAGAAAUUGAUCUGCGUUGUGCACAUAACAAUUUAGUAAAGAGGUCUAUUGUAGAACAAUUACAAACUUUAUUUCAUCAGCACAAUAAAUUGAUUAUAUUGUUUAAAACUGCCCUGGAUCUGAUGCCAUCCGAUAAUCACAAAAUUGUAAUCAGAGCUGAUAAAACACCUGCAGGUCAACAUACAAGACGUUUUAAUGCACCAACUAUUGAUGAAGUUGCUAUCGUUGUAGUUGGAGAAAACUUGGAAUCCCGUGAUAUUGUUUUACGUCGUCGGAAUGAUCAAUUACAACGUUCUGAAACCAACAAAAAAGUCAGUUCAAUGAACUAUUAUUCAUACCGCCUAAUGAUUCGGGAAAAUGAAGAUAAUCACAUAUUGAAAUGUCGGCGAUUAUAUCACAAAUAUGUUGUUGACAUGUAUGUUAAAAUUGAAACGGAAAGAUUAACAUUCAUCAGGUUGAAUCAAACCAAACUCCGAUCUGAAGAGUAUAUUCACCUUCGAGAUGCGAUUAAUACUGAUGGAAAUGCACAGAAUGUCGGUCGGAUGACUAUUCUUCCAGCAACAUACAUCGGAAGCCCUCGGCAUAUGCACGAAUAUGCUCAAGAUGCCAUGUCGUAUGUUCGUCAUUAUGGUACAGCAGAUUUGUUCAUCACAUUUACAUGCAAUCCGCAAUGGAUAGAAAUCAAUCAGGAGUUAUUCUCUGGGCAAUCACCCAUUGAUCGUCAUGAUAUUACAGCCAGAGUCUUUAGACAAAAGUUGAAAUCUUUAAUGGAUUUCAUCGUAAAACAUAAUGUGUUUGGUGAGACACGCUGCUGGAUGUAUUCUGUGGAGUGGCAGAAACGAGGAUUGCCACAUGCACACAUUUUGAUUUGGUUGGUUGAAAAUAUAAGGCCAAAUGAAGUUGAUGCAGUGAUAUCAGCUGAAAUCCCUAAUGUACAAGUAGAUCCUGGAUUGCAUGAGGUAGUUAUCAAAAACAUGAUACAUGGUCCCUGUGGAACUCUUAAUCAAAAUUCACCGUGUAUGAUGGAUGGUAAAUGUUCAAAACGAUAUCCACGGACAUUAAUAUCGGAAACAAUUACUGGUAAUGACGGUUAUCCAUUGUAUCGUCGCAGAUCGACAGCAGACAAUGGAAAAUCAACAAUUGUCAAAUUAAAUCAACAAGAUAUUGAAAUAGAUAAUCGUUGGAUUGUUCCAUAUUCACCCAUUUUAUCAAAGACAUUCAAAGCACACAUCAACGUUGAAUCUUGCCAUUCAGUGAAAUCUAUUAAAUACAUUUGCAAAUAUGUAGCCAAAGGGAGUGAUAUGGCUGUGAUUGGAAUUGGUGCAGAGAAUUCCAAUGAUGAAGUUACCCAAUACCAAAUGGGCCGCUAUGUCAGUAGUAAUGAAGCAGUUUGGCGAAUAUUUUCUUUUCCUAUUCAUGAGAGACACCCUUCUGUUGUUCACUUAGCUGUGCAUUUAGAAAAUGGACAAAGAGUGUAUUUUACAGCACAGAACGCAGUACAAAGAGCUGCUCAGCCACCAUCUACUACAUUAACCAGUUUUUUUGAGACAUGCCAAAACGAUGAUUUCGCACAAACAUUGCUAUAUUCUGAAAUGCCAAAAUAUUAUACCUGGAAUCAAUCCUCAAGGAGAUUUAUACGACGGAAACAAGGAAAACCAGUUCCAGGAUAUACAGAUGUAUAUUCCACCGAUGCGAUUGGCCGGAUUUAUUCAGUACAUCCAAGCAAUGAUGAAUGUUUUUACUUACGACUGCUAUUAGUCAAUAGAAGCCUGUCAACGUUUGCAAUUGCUUGA